CCUCCUCCUGCUGCUGCUGCUGCUGCUGGCUCUGUCUCUCUCCCUGCCUCCGUCGCCCUUGGCUCCCGUUGCGAAGGAAGCGGCGUCGCCGGUUGCUACGAUGGCGCCCGGACGCUGUGGGGGAGGCGGCGGCGGCGGCGGCAGGGGCUUAGAACCGAGCGCGGGGCUUCCAGGCCUCCCUCACAGCCUCCUCCUCCGCCGCCGCCGCCGCCUCGGGCUCUGAGGGGGAAUCGAAGGGGAAUCGAAGGGGGAAGAGGCCUGGGGCGGGAUGAAGAGGAGGCCUGGGGCGGCGACGGCGGAGGGCUGAGCGGUUCAUGGAUGGAGCUCGGAGGCGGCAGCAGCAACAACAACAGCAGCAGCAGCAGCAGCGGUGGCCCUUAUAGCAGCUCUGCCAGGGAGCAGCAGCAGGGAUGGAAGGGCUCCGCCGGCGAUGGCGGCGGCGACGACGACGGGGAAGGCGCCACUCCCGGCCCCGGCCCCGGCUGGAGGAAGGGCCGCUCCCUGGCCGCCUUCUUGCCUUCCUCAAAUACAAAGGUUCUCCUGGAGAGGGAUUUAUCAAAAGAGCGCCAUGAGUUGCUAAAGGGUCAAAGAUUAUAUCGUAGUCAAGCACGAAAACAUUCUAUAGAAACAAAUAAAAGAAGGAGAGCACUUGAAGAAAAAUGGAAGGAGGAUGAAGAAAAAGAACAAAAAUUUAGAGAACAAAUUCUGCUGCAACGGAAACUGAAACAUCAAGAAGCAACUGAAAGGUUCCAGCGUGCUCACCUUCCAGCUUCACAACGCAAGAGGGGAGGAGGAGUGCAAAGAAAAACUGAACUUCAACUGGAUGAGGCUCUUCAGAAAAUUCAGACAACAGGAUUGUUAUCAUCCAAAGUCAUUGGAAGAACUGCUGACACGCCUUCCUCAGCUACCAGAAAUGAUACUUUUAAUUGGAAACAGAGCUCAGCAAAAACUGGCUGUGAUAGAAUAAUGCAGGAAAACAGGACGGCAAAUCUGAAUAGUGACCAGCUUCUCUUCCAACAAAAUCUAGAUGAAAUGCAGCAGCAACUGAAAGAACAGCACUUCAGCAACCUCCAGGAUUUUCAUCAAGAAGUAAAUGAAAUAAUCCAUUCAGAAAGUGUUUGCAGUUUGGACAGUCUUGAGGCUGGAGAACCAAAUGAAAGUUGUACUACACCAAGCGAAACGUCUUCUUUGUCAGCACAGCUGGAUUUUUCAGUGCACAGUUCACAGGGAUCACAGACUAGACAUAAAAGUUUUUCCAGUAAGAGUGACAUUGUUUUUUCUAAAAAUCAGCAUGUAAAUAACUGGCUCAUAAAUUUAAAUACUUCAAAUAUCCAAACAACCUCCCCUUUUCGUGACAUUUUAAUUAAACACAAUAUUGUACCUUCUGGUGAUGACCCAUGCAGUCCUGAUUGGAAAUCCUCUACUCCAAAUGUAUCAGGAGAAAGAGAAGCUGAGAGAUGUGCUUCUGAUAAUAAUCUAAACUUUGCCCAAAGUAAAAGAGAAAGCAAAAGCUUUCUGUUGAAGUGCCCGUCUUCAGAAACAGUUAGCACGGAGAGUCCAAAAGUUACUGAAACACCUGUUCUCAAAUCAAACAAAGCUUGGGCUAUCCCUGAUCCUCCUCCAGCUGUUUCAGUUCAGGAAAAGACUUCUGAACUACCCCAGAACAACAGAGGCUCAUGCAGUCAACAUGCAGUAAACACUUCUUCUUUAGUUUUUCCUGCUACAGACUGGGGAGUCAAGGCUCCAAAAGAUAACAGCUUUUUUUUAAAUUGUAUGCAAAAGGGGAAAGAUGCUCAUGCAGCAAGGUGUACUGAAGAUAUAGACUACUUAAUGGGUGCUAAAGAUGAAGAAAAUGUUGAGCAUGUUAAUGCUCAGUCAACAUUGUUUGAAGAGACGUCUAAAGACGGUAGUGAUCAACCCAAAUGUGAUGGAGAGGAAAAAGUAAAUGAAUAUAUUUUAUCUUUGCCUCAAGGAGAACUCAUGACCAAUUUAUCUGAGCUUGACCAACAGAAGAAAGUUAAAGCCAGUGAAGGAAAAGGAGUGACAUUUCCAAAAAGUAUUUUGAAAAAAGAAUCUAAAUAUGAACCUGGUUAUUUUAGAGCAGUGGUUGUAAACAGAGGGGUCAAAUUUGGGAGUCAGUCUGUGUCUGCUGCUAGAGACAGCAUUGAAUUGGCAAAACUAAAAGGGAAAAAUACAGAUAUUCAAAAGAACAGUAAAAAACUUAGGUGGUUUGAUGAAAUUAACAGAGUAGUGGAAGCUAAUGAUGAUGAAAAGUGUUCUGAACAAAGUAUCACUGAAAUACCUCAGCCACAGUCCCAAUCACUCGGUUCUCAAAUUAAACCCACUGCUUCUAGGACUAAUCUUAGAAGCAUUCCCUCUUUCAUGCUCAAUUCUGUUUUCCAAGAAAAUCAUCAGGAAUAUUCUCAGACAUCUGCCAAACCUACUACUGUUGGAGGCUUAGAUAGAGAUAAUGUGAUACAGAAUAACUUUGCAUUGGGUGGGUAUCACAUUGCUAAACAGGCAUGGAUGGCACCAAGGGGUGAAGAAGUUAUACCUGUUUUACAUAAUUGUGACCCUAAAAAUCAAAAAAACAAUCCACGUAGGGGUAGAACAAAACCAACCAAAAGACCGAAAUCAGCCAAAGCCCCAUCAUCAACAAUAAAUAAAAACCGAAAGGGUACCCUUAUUCGACCACAGUCUGCUAGUGAAGCUACCAAGAUUAUGAAAACUCAGGGCAAAAUCAUGGUGCCUCACCCACCAGGUAGACCAAUACCAGGCAAAAGACCUGAUGAAAGUCCUGCUGAUGGUGUCUACCAAUCAGUAAAUCUUUGCAAACCUCAAUUAGAUAAUGAAAAUAGUCACUUUUUAAGUGGGAAGUCUCUUUUGUCUGAAGGUCAAGAUGUGGUUAGAAAUGCUGCAGAAGAUACUUUGCCUUCAACUAAUGCUUCCCAUUCCCAUGCAGCCACAAUGAGACCUUCUUAUAGUGUAUUAACCUAUGAGCCUUUAACAAAGGCAAAGUGUAUCACAAAGACUGCUCAAUCAAUUGCCCGCUCCAACAGCUUUCCAAGAAGAAAUCCCGUAUACUCAGAAAAUGGAUUAUGUCCAGAGCGCACCCCAACUGAUGAAGAAAUUGCAGUUUUGUGGCAAGGAAUGCAUCGUGCACUGGCUCAAAAGGAUGGCACCGCUGGAAAUUCACAACAUUGUGUUACUGUCUGCAAUCACUCAAGUAAUAGUGAAGUGCAAUCCACUAGACCUAAUGUGUCUCAUAUCACUAUUGAUGGUGGCACUCUAAUGGGCAAUAUUAAACCAGGUGCUAGAUCGAAUACAAUUUUCGCUUCCCAGCCCAGCACUUCUGUUGCUUUUGCAAGGCGAAAACAAGUAAAUGAAAAUAUUGAGAUUAAACGCAAGGCUCUUCUAGAACAGAGGAGACAAAUGGCAGCCUUAGCUGGACGGAAGCCUGCUGGUGUUGGACAGAAUAUGGCACAAGUUGUAAAGCAGGUGCAGUCUCAGUGUGCAUAUGAUCCAGUGCAAACAGUGAGUGGUGUCAGUAAUUCUGAUGGAGUUUCAGACAGUACUGCAGAGUUUCUGCUGGCAGAAAACCUAGUGAACUUAUCGGCUACAGAAAGUGAAAUCUUGACCAAUUUGGAUGCAAUCCAGCCACACAAACAAACUGCGGUGCUAAACAGACCCCCACGGCAAGGAAUGAGUGCCCUGUCAUUUGAAGAGCACAAAGUUCUUCAGUCACUUGACCGCAUUAAUCAAAGGCUGCAGAAUGUCCAUGAAACCAUUAACAAAAUCCCAUCCUCUACAAGUAUUAUGCAGACUGUUUCCCCUUUGAUCGUAUCCCCCUCGUACAUGGACCUUAUACAUCCUAUGCAAAGGUAUAGGAGUGUAACAGAUGCCACCUACAACGUAAUGCAGAAAAAAUACUGACUUGGCCUAGUGAAGGCUUUUGAUCUGGGAUUUAUUUUAAUAUAAUCUUGGCUGCUAUCUUUGUAACAUUUAAUAAUUUGCAACAUGCCUGAAAUGCUAUUUAAAAAUAUCUCAAACAAAAUAAAGAUGUAACACAAGUAUUGACUGCUUGUUACCUAGUUUACAUUUAGGGCAACAAAAACUUUUUAUAUGCACUUUAUUGUAAAAUAUAUUGUAUUUUUAAAAAAUAAUACCAUCAUCUCACUUUGACUGAGUGAUGAUAUUUUAAUUUACUGUAAAUUUUUAUUAAAAGAAAAAAUUAUUUUGCUACUGAUUAAAAUUAUG